CUUAAAUAAUAUUCUCUCUUCUCAACUUUAGCUAAAUUUAAUAUUUUUCUUUGCAUGGAGGGAUUUCACUCUAAUCAAUACUGGUUAUGGAUGAAGAGAAGACAAGUUGAAACACCAAUAGAAUCUUGGGAAGAAAAAGCUUUUGCGGAAGAUGCAGCUAGGAAUAUACUUAAUGGUAGCAUAUGGCCACCAAGAUUUUAUUCAUGUAACUUUUGUAAAAGAGAGUUUAGGUCUGCUCAAGCUCUUGGUGGUCACAUGAAUAUCCAUAGGAGAGAUAGAGCUAGACUCAAACAAAAUCUUAGCCCUCAUAAUGAAAUUCAAAAGAAUGAUGAUUUCAAGUUUUCAACAAACUCAUCACUAGGUAAUAAUUAUUUUUCUGCAAAAGUGUCAUCUCAAUUUAAACCUUGUUCUAGAAGAAGAUCACUUUCACCUUCUAGAAUGAUUUCAACUAUAGUUAAUGGAAGAGAAGAAAAUUUUAAGGAUUGUGUUGAAACAAGUUUGUCUUUGGGUUUGGGAUUGACUUCGAUGUUUGGACAAAAAUCAUCGACCAUUCUGUUGGGGAGUCUGGGGGAGCGUCAGAAGCAACAUCAUAUUUCUUGUGAGGAAAAAGGUAUGAUUAGUUGUAAGAGAUUGAAGACUAAUAAUAUUUCUUCAUUGCCUUCUGUUUUUCUCAAGACAUGUUCAAAUGAUCAUCAUAGGUUCAUGGAUUUUCAACCUACAGAAAUUGUUCUUGGAGUUAAUCAUGGAAUGGAAGAUUUAGAUCUUGAACUUAGGUUAGGGAAACAACAAAAGGUUAUUAAGUAG